AGUCAGCAGACUUUUUACCUCUAAGCUGGACUUCCGGUUUGCUUAUCCAAACACGAAGACGGGGUUUGAAACCAUUUGGUGGAUCAAAGGCAUACAGAGACUCUCACAUGGUUAAAUCAACAUUUAUUUUGUUUCCUGAAUAAUCUGAGCCCAGUAAAAAAGGGGCGAGUGUUUUGGACUGAGUGGGGAGUGAGUUCAUGCUUGAUAGGUAUUCUUAUUUUUUGAAAACAUGUAUUCAAAUAAAUCUGCCUAUGACUACGGGCAGAGACGUCCAAACAACAGCAGAGAGUGUAGGCCCUGGCAAGAAGAACCGAAGAGAGAAGGGUGGCCAGAACCUGUAAGAAAUUCACUGCAAGAUCCAUAUAAUAACUAUAAUAAAUACAGUGUGGAUGGACAUAGUAGAGCAGAGAGAGUGGGUAGCAGUAAAACAUAUACAAGUGGACAUACUUCAGAUAAAGACUGGAGAAGAAAGCGCCCAGUGUCAACCGAAAGAACUGUCUCAGAGAAAAAACCAAGGACAUUUGGCGAUGAGGACCAGCACAGAUACCAAGCUGAAUCUGCAGACUCAUACAGGCAGUCCCUAGAGCACUAUUCCCAUGGUCAAAGAAACAAUGAUUUAAAAAAUACAGUUGAUGAGGGUUAUAGCUAUAAUAAAACGCCAGAGGAGUCGAGCAGAUAUGGCCAGAGACGAGACGAGUUUCACUACAGUCAAUAUAAAGAAGAGUCACACUAUAGACCAGUGACUGAGUACUACAAGGACCAAGACAGUCGAAAGAGGAGCUGGUCACAAGACAGGACACGCUCAUGGGAUGUCUUUGAAAAGAGUCAUACUCCACCAAGACAGAGGAGUGGCAGCUUUUCCAGGGACCUUGAAGACCAUAAUCACAACAGGACGAUGUAUCCUCUGAACGGCUCAAGUGGACAGACUGAACUUGGUCAUCACCGUUUGACCCCUCCUCCUAUUCCUCCUCGUGAGCCUGCGGCGAAGAAAAUGUCUAAAGGUUUUCAGCGUUUCCUUGAUGUCCUUAACAUGGGUGUAAAUGUGGAGACUUUGACCAAGAUCGUGAAUCAGGGAUCUCCAGAUGUGAAUGUCCGCCAACCAUCACCCCCUCCUCCACACACUGAUAGACCUUGGACUGUUGAACCAACUCCAAGACAGCAGUUCUGGUCCGAGACUGACAGAAGAAGUCCAAAACCACCAUUUUCUCCCUUGUCCAGGUUGUACAGCUCCAAUGGAAAAACUAUGUCUGAAGAAAGAGUUGUGGAACGUCACCAAUUUGAGAGGAAAUUUCCUGAAAAUAGAUGUGCAUCCCCAGUAAACAAAAAUUCAAGUUUUGAAGAGGACAACAAACAUAGGCAAAUGCACAAUGUAUUAGAAGCCAUUGGGAUCAAGUUAGAGUUUGAGGAACUUGGUCAAAUGUCUAGCCGAAUACAGGAACGUUUGUAUGGAAAAAAACAAACUGAGCAUUCUUUGUUCCGAAAAGAGGAGAGUGAGAGAGAAAGGAAGAGACGUGCAUAUGUCCCAAAAUGUCGCAGUCGAUCUUCAAGUGAGUCCAGUUCAGGUUCAUUUAAGGACUGUAACAAAAAUCCCUCGUACAACUCUCAAAAAGAAGAAAGGGACUACUCUUAUUAUACAGACAAACACAGUACACAGCUGAGUACAACAAAACACAAUGUUCAAAUCAUCCCUCCAACUUCUUAUGGCAUACCAAACACUGAACUGCCCCCAGCUCCUGUCCCUCCCAUCCCUCCUCCUUAUACCCCAACAGCAGGCUACUCACAUGUACCACCUGUGUUUAUACCCCAGUAUCACUCAUCGUACGCUCAACCACCUGCUCUCCCACCUGCUCUCCCACCUGCUCUCUCACCUUUGUCUACUCAAAAUGUGUUCCUUCCAUUUGUACCUCCAAAUGCACCAGCCCCCCCACCCCCAGUGCCUCAUCCCUUCCUCCCCAAUCUUCUCAUCCCACGUAAGCACCUACCCGUGGACACAAAUGCACAGAAAGCAAACAGCAAAAAUCUGCAAAGGCCUCGCUGUUUACAAGUGAUUUCAACCAAAAAGUAAAUGUAAUACACUACGGAUUAAACAGAAAAUAAAAAUAAUAUUUUUUUGUACUGUUAAGCUUCGUAUACAGAACGCCUAAUGUUAGAACAAAAUAUUGAUUUACAAAUUUGAUUGGUAAGGAGUCACUAAAUUGUCAGUACUAUAAAUUUUUGAACCACUCUGAUGCUCAAGUUUUGAUAAAGUAUAAGUAGUUUUCUUUGCAUGUCAAGUGUGUUUUUGUUUUUUUUUUAACACCGCUUAUAUAAUUCAAAUAUCUUGUAAAUAUUUGAAUUAACCAAUAAUAAAAAAAUAUUUACCAUUGUG